AUGACGAUCGUGCAGGGACGGUUCCCGACUCUGAUACGGCGAAUCCAAUCACAGCAGCCUGCACGUUCCAAGUUCCAACUUCCGACCCCCGAUGCUAGUCAGGCCGUCCACAGGAACGUUUCACCAGUCGCUUUGAACGGCCUCAUUUGUGGGUCAUCCACAGCCUCUGCCUCCACCACGCGUCCCAUUUGUCACCGCCUGCAACUGCACAGCACCAGACCAGCACUGCCAGUGGAAUGUGGCCCAGUUCCCAGUAAGGCUGAAAUUUGGGGACGCACAAAAGAUCAGAUUACGAGGUCCUCCACAGUCCACACAAGUGCUGUUCGGAAAGGAAAUACCUUAUCUGUUGUCUUGUCUGUCCCACCUGUCGAUCACACGGGUGACCGGGUCAGUGUCAGCCACGAGUCCACGACUUACUUGGGCGGAGGUCAAGGCUCAAGCUCAGCUAAGCUUUUGCCGAGAUACGGAGAGCGCCGGUCCGCCGUCUGCCAUCGCCGAUCCGUACUGUUUGGGAAUGAUCCAGCAGGAGGAGAUGAACCAUGGCAUGACGAUCGACUAGAGUAG